AUGUCCAAAAGAACGAGCAACACAACAUUAAAAUCUGAUUCGAAUGCUCGAGGAAAAACAACACCAACCUCAUCAUCGUCAUUGAAUGCCUCUCAAUUUUCCUCCUCCGCAACCUCGUCAUCAUCAUCCAAUAAUUCUUCAGGAGUCAUUUCCUUGAACUUUAAAUCUCUAUGUUUCUAUCUCUCACCAUCCAUUCCCGAAACUGAAAGAGAAAAAUUAAGAAAAAUUAUCAAAACUCGAGGAGGUAGCCUUUCUCUCGAGGAAAAUGCUGAUGAAGUAACGCAUAUAAUUUCUGUGGAUAUGGAAUUUGCUAAGGAUGAAUAUUUGAAAUUUUUAAAUUAUUCUCAGCUGCAUGGAGAGAAAUCAUUAGUGGAACAUCAAGCUGAGAAGCCCGAUAGGUUUAUUGUGAGUCCACAAUUUAUUUAUAAUAGUGUAAACAAUAGCGAAAAUAAUGGAUAUGGUAUGGAAGAAAAGUAUUUACUAUGCUAUCCAUUUGUAUUUUGUGACUUCGUAUUUACAUGUACGAAUAAGGUUGCCACUUUGAUGCCUUCCAUAGCGUUCAUGGUUGAGUAUCUGGGCGGAAAAUUUAUGCCACAAUUUGAUAAGGAAUUUUCAAGAACGUAUACACAUAUCAUUUCAUCGCAAGAUGACACUGAAACAGAGUGGGCUCGAUACGAAAAUUCAAACAUUUUGCUAUUAUCCAUUGCUUGGUUAAAAGAAUGCUUUACCAAGCGAGCAUACAUUGACGAGAAAAAUUAUCUUGUCGGAAAAUAUCUUCCAACAUACUCUCUCCAGAGCAACUUCAAAUCGAAAAAUGUAUUUUCAAAUCAUUCUUUUAUUGUAAUUAAUUAUCCUCCAACAUUUAUUUCCUCCCUUCAGAGAGCUAUAUGUAUUGCAGGUGGAAGAGUGAUUCAUAAUAAGGCUGUACAUGAGAACUCAAAAGUUGAUUAUCUCAUUACAAGAUAUGCCUAUCCUUAUGAAGGAAGUUUCAUGGUGCAACAUGUAACCACAGCACAAUGGGUGGAUGACUGUCUCCGAGAAAAUAAGAUAAUAGAUACAAAUGCAAAAGCAAUUUACACUCCUCUGAAAUCUAACACACCAAUACCAGAGUUUGAAGGGAUAAAAAUUACGGUCACUGGCUUUAAGGAUAUUGAGAGAAAUGAUAUGGCAUAUCUUAUUAAACAAACGGGAGCUUUAUAUACUGGAGACAUGUCAAAGGAUAAUCAUUAUUUAAUUGUGAAUUCUUUUUCGAAUACAGAGAAUUCAAAAAAGGUUAAAAAAGCCAAUGAAUGGGGAAUACCAAUGUUGAAAAAGGAGUUUAUUUUCGACAGUAUUGCUGAGUGGAGGUUGAUAGAUAUUGAGCCCUAUUUGAUAGGAGGAGACUCUAAAAAGAGAAAACACAAUAACCAUAUGGUCCACAAUCAAUCGAUAUCGUCAGAAGAGAUGCGAAAAAAGAAAAAACACUCAAAAGUAUUUCAACUUUCAAUACCAACCAUCCAGGAGAAUCGAUGUGAAGAGAUUAUUCGACAACUUGGUGGAACAGUGGUGAAUGAUGAGCAAGAUGAAGCUUGUCAUGGAUCGGUGACUCAUCUAAUCACAUCUGAGAUCAAGAGAACCCACAAAUUUAUGCGUGCAUGUGCAAAAGGUGGUUGGAUUUUAGAACCCAGUUAUUUAGACCGUUCUUUGGAAACCAAUAACUUUGUAGACGAAGAAGAGUAUGAAUGGAAUUCUAAUGAAUUCACAUCCAAGGGCAUGUGGCAUGGAAUUCCAAGAAAAUGGAGACUGUACAGAGAAAAAAACAAACAUGGGCCUUUUCAUUGCUGGGUAGUAUAUUUUAAUGUCACAUCAUCCAAUUCACCUUUAAACAUUUUAUCUGACACUAUUAAGGCUGGAGAUGGAACAGUAGUAACGACUCUGAACUCGAAUGUGACUCUCGCUGUUGUCAACGACAAUGCUAAAGCAGGCGAUAGUGACAUUACCAAGAAAAUCAAACGUUUAGAAAUUCCAGCAGUACCAAUAUCGUUCAUUCUAGAUUAUUUCAAAGAAAAGGAAACUCCUUCACUUGAACAGUAUCGCCUAUUUUAA